GCUUAUUAAUAUAAAUUUUAUUAAAUGACUUACCGAAGCCCUGAAGCGUAACAUUAUUACGUUUUGCUUGGCACUCGUCCUAAAACGAAUCUUCGCCUUUUUGAUGUGACGACUGACUACGUUAAAUCAAAGGACGGUAACAAAAUAUCCAAUGGUUGUAAAUCUUCCUACUAAGAAGUAGAUAAAUUUUCAUCAUUACUUUGUCGCUCGAGCCAUAUAUUUCACCAGAAAUGAACUUCGAUCAAAGAUUAAUACAGAGUAUUAUAUUCAAUCUGGCUGAUGAAUUUCAAAUAAAAGUGUCAUGGGAUAAAGAGACAGCUAUUCUGACUGGAGCUUUUGCUGUUGCGGGUGGUCUGUUUGGUGGUUAUGCAGGGGGAAGGAUGGGUGCAGCUCUUGGUGCAGGGAUAGGUGCAGCAGCUGGAGUUGCCUACAUAAGCCUGAGAGACAUUUGGGAAAGUGUCAAAGAAAAAUUGAAGGAACUUAUUUAUAUUGUAUUUAAUUACCUGAGACGACUUGAUCCAAUUGAUUAUGUGCGUGCUGUAGAAGUUCUAAUGGCAUGUACGUCUAGCCGUAGGGAACUUGUUUAUACAAUUCUUGACUUUAUAGCAGAUAAAUUAGGACGUCAAGUAUUGUCUAGCAUAACUGCUGCUUAAAUAUAAUGCUAAUUGAAUGUACCUCAAUUGUCGUUAUAGUCUUCGGAUCUUAUUAGUAGUUAAAUGUUGCACAGCAGUAAAUUUUAAUAAACAGUAUAAAUGUUAUGCUAGUAAUAAUUAGUGACUUACUUCAAAACAAUUUUAUGCUUAUGUAGAAAGCUACAUGAAAAGUCAUAAAAUUUAUUUAUUUUUUGUUUAUUAUUUAUUUAAUUAAAUGAAAUAUGGAAUCUUAUACACAUAUUAAUGGGUCUGUUUCUUUUCACUAAUUAUUUGAAAAUUAUUAUUUAAUAUUGCGAUUAGGGUUUAAGAAGUGACUUUACAAUACUCAUUGUAAUAUAAAAUUUGUACUGUGUGUAUUUCUAAAUUAGUAGGGUAUUUAAUCCGUCCUCUAAGAGUUUGAAUAGGGUUAACCAAAAACACACAAAAAAUAUAUAUGUAAAAGAUAUUCGUUCGGCUUAUUUCGACAAGUCCUAUACACUACAAGUACACUUGCAAAAGCUGAUUUUUAGACUACUUUAUAUAACAUACUGGAUGCUUGUUCCUAUUUCUCCUUUGUUUAUGCUCUAAAUUGUGAUUUAUUAUUAAUUUUGCUCAAUAAAUAGAAAUAGUUACUUAAUUA